UUCGAAAAAUGUUGUUUAUUUAUUCAUGAGCUUCAAAUUAGGGGGCUAGAGAGCUAGACCGUGAAAAGAAGAGGGAAAGAGAGUGAUUGAGUUGAGUGAGUGUGAGUGAAGGGAGCGAGGUCUCUCAAACAGAACUUGAACAAGUGUUUUCGAUUCCUUAUUCUUCUUCUUCUUCUUCAAACUUGGUUUCGCGUAGCUUCAUUCUCAAUUCCAAUUUCACUCUGCCUCCAUUCACAUCCUAAAAGCCUUAGCUUUGACUCUCGAACCCCGUACGGAUACAUGAUGAACGCCCCAAUAAUCGAUCCUUUGCAAGGGGAUUUCCCUGAAGUUAUAGAAGAGUAUUUGGAACAUGGGGUCAUGAAGUGCAUUUCUUUUAAUCGUCGCGGCACUCUUCUUGCUGCUGGAUGCUCUGAUGGGAGUUGCAUCAUAUGGGAUUUUGAGACGAGAGGCAUUGCCAAGGAGCUAAAGGAUAAAGAUUGUAGUGCUGCCAUUACUAGUGUAUGUUGGUCAAAGUAUGGUCAUCGCAUUCUUGUAUCUGCUGCUGAUAAGUCUUUGACACUAUGGGAUGUUGUCAGUGGCGAGAAGAUAACUCGUACAACUUUGCAGCAGACCCCUCUACAAGCUCGCCUACACCCUGGUUCUUCUACUCCAUCCCUUUGCUUGGCAUGUCCCCUUUCAUCUGCUCCAAUGAUUGUUGAUUUGAAUACAGGAAACACAACAGUGCUUCCAGUUUCUGUUUCUGAAAAUGGCAAUGGAACUGCUCCUCCACCAAAGAAUAAAUACUCUGAUGGAACACCGCCAUUUACUCCCACUGCUGCUUGUUUUAACAAGUAUGGGGAUGUGGUUUAUGUGGGGAACUCCAAAGGGGAGAUACUCGUGGUAGAUUACAAAAGUGCCCAAGUGCGUGCUAUGGUUCCCACUUCUGGGGGUGCUGUAAUUAAGAACAUAAUUUUCAGCAGAAAUGGACAGUAUCUGCUUACAAAUUCAAAUGAUAGAACAAUUAGAAUAUAUGAAAACCUUCUACCUUUAAAAAAUGGACUUAAAGCCCUUGAUGACCUAAAUGAGACCAUAGAGGAGGAAGAUCGGGUUGAGAAGUUGAAGGGGGUUGGUUCAAAGUGCUUAACACUUUUCCGAGAGUUUCAAGAUUCCAUCACAAAGAUGCACUGGAAAGCACCUUGUUUCAGUGGUGAUGGUGAGUGGGUGAUUGGUGGCUCUGCAAGCAAAGGAGAGCACAAGAUUUACAUAUGGGAUAGAGCUGGGCAUCUUGUUAAAAUCCUUGAAGGGCCAAAGGAGGCCUUGAUUGACUUAACAUGGCAUCCUGUCCACCCUAUUAUUGUCUCCGUUUCCUUGACGGGCUUGGUUUAUAUAUGGGCUAAAGACUAUACUGAGAACUGGAGUGCAUUCGCUCCCGAUUUCAAAGAGCUUGAGGAAAAUGAGGAAUAUGUUGAACGAGAAGACGAAUUCGAUCUGAUUCCUGAAACUGAAAAGGUGAAAGAAUCUGAUGCCAAUGAAGACGAUGACGUUGAUAUUGUCACUGUUGAGAAGGAUUCAGCUUUCAGUGAUUCAGAUAUGUCACAAGAGGAAUUAUGCUUUUUGCCUGCAAUUCCUUCUCCUGAUGUUCCUGAGCAGCCAGAGAAGUGCUUAGAGAGCUCGUCCAAGUUAGUGGACAGUAAUAAUUCUGGUUCCCCUCUUUCAGAAGAUGGUGAACCAAAUGGAGGAGCAAUGAAUCACGCAUCAAGUCCACUUGAAGAGGAUGCUGGGGAAACACGCUUAAAAAGAAAAAGGAAACCUUCAGAGAAAGGAUUGGAGUUGCAGGCAGAGAAGGUUAGGAAACCUUUGAAAUCUUCCGCAGAAGUUUUCUGAGAUAUUUUCUCAGCAUUAAUGUCAUUGGUAGCUGUUGGAAGAUUCUUCUUCUGAUCCAUUUGUGCUCUUACCUCAGCUGCAACUGCAGCUUUUCGAGUAGGGGCAGAAGUAGAAGGAGUUUCUUUAGUAUCAGUUGUUUUGGAAGGAGUCGUGUCAUUAAUGUUUGCUUGAGUUUUUUUCUCUGCAGGAGGAGGCUUCUUUUCACUAGGAGACAUGUUCGAUGUUUUUUGGAGAACCUCCUUUGGCAUGGUAAUGGUAAGAACUCCAUUGUGAAAUUUGGCAUGGAUUUUGCUCUCCUUGCAGUUUUCUGGGAGUGGAAGAAGUUGGUUGAAACGACUCCGUUUGUUGUUCGAAAGAGGUCGCUGUCCUUGGACUCUAAUUUUACCAUCCUCGUACGUGAUCUUCAGUUGCUCCUUCACAAAACCUGAAGAAAAGUUUGAGGCAAUUCCAAAUAAUAUUGUAAGUCAAUUAAGGAAAGUGCUAAUUAUCUGGAUUUUAUUUUGUGGAACUCAUAUAUUGUCUGACAUUUAUUAUGUUAAAUGAGUAUAACAUCAGAAAUGAAUUUAUAGAAACAUGGUGCUAUUGUUAAUUUUAAUGAUGUAACAGUUAACUUAUUAUUAAUGCACAAGUCGACUUCAUGA